GGAUGCUGUUUCAUUAUGUAUGACAUCACAUUGUCUCUGUGUUGAACAGAUCGUGCUUCGCUCGGAAGAUCGGCACAAAGAGUGCUUGCUGCUCAGCCACUUUCAUUUUAGCACAAACGUGGCGCGCACGUACGCACAAAUACGCGUCAACUGUCAAACCACAUCAACUGGCCCAACCUUGGAGACAACUUAAACAACAUCACUCUCUCUUGCGAAAACCUACGGAUCUGUAUACACACACACACCCUUCAUUCACUUACCUACUGCGAAGGCAUGCCGGCCCUCUCACCAACGUUCGGCAAACUAGCGGGUCGGGCCCUCAUUACAGCCGGCCCAGCGCUUGCCCAGCCACACCUCCACUCCUUCGAGCGUCGCGGCCUGAGUGUGAACCACACGCAAGGCGUCACAUUAGGAGUGCUCGGGGCCUACAUCGUGAUAAUCGCCAUUCUCUGGAAUGUGCCCUACAUACGCUGGGUCCUGUGGCCCUUCAAGAUGCUGGUAAUCGCUUUUCACGAAUUUGGCCACGCAAUCACCGCCUGUUGCACAGGUGGGCGCGUUGAGUCCAUCAGCCUGGAUCCGCACGAAGGCGGCGUCACGCACAUGCGCGGCGGCAAGCAGUUCAUUACGCUGCCUGCUGGGUAUCUUGGAUCGAGUCUGAUUGGCGCGCUACUAACGUUCUGCGGAUUUAAUAUCGUUGCUAGCAAGGUCGCGAGUAUUGUGCUCGGCGUGUGCUUUUUGUUGACGCUGUGGUGGGCGAGAAAGGAUUGGUUGACGAUCGUCACGAUUCUGUUGGCGGUAGGCUUGUUGGUUGCUUGUUGGUUUAUUCAGCAUGCUGAGGCGUUGAGGUUCGUUGUGCUCUUCAUCGGUGUCAUGUCGAGUCUUUACAGCGUCUGGGACAUCUGUGACGAUUUGAUUCUCCGAAAAGUCAACUCGUCAGACGCCAGUGUCUUCGCAAAGAGGUAUGGUGGCUCCUCGCAAUGCUGGGGUGUCAUCUGGUCGAUUGUAUCGCUGGUCUUAAUGAUCUGUGGUAUCAUUGCUGCCCUGGCUGCCUUCCCACAAGAUUGGGAUCAGCAACAGAAAGACAGCCAGGACUUCAUCCCUACAGUUCGUUUGCUGAUGAGGGUGUGAGUGGUGGCAGUGCGCUGCUGAGAACUGGCAUUCUAGAAAUUCGGUGUUGAUACAUCAAUCUAUUCGACUCUAUCUCUGAGUGUUUCCUUAAAGCGGCUUACAUCAAUCGACUCACCCG